UGUAAAAAAGACAAACAAACAAGCGGCGAGUGAAGUAGAUUUCUUGUGAACCUAUUUUCCGACACAACAUCACGCGUUUUCUGUUUUCUUCUUUCUUACAGAAACCCAAAGAAACUGAACACUAAACGUCGCCGUUUACAAUCCUUCACAAACACUCUACACAACCGACAGAAAUUCCAAAUUCAAAAGAAAGCGACACCGUUUGGUUUGGUCUGGUUGCUCACUUUGUUCAGUAUUAUAUAAUAACACGAGAACCAGGCGUACGUAAGACGCAAAGAGCAUAAAUCAAAAAGAAGCAAAACGACAGCGUUUUACACCACUAUGUCGACUUAUUACACGCCGUUGAUCGCAACGAUGAUGAUGAUCGCAGUGGUAGUAGUAGGGAGAGAAUUACGGCCGUCCGAUCACGGACUGGAGUACCAGAGCUCAGCACCGGUAGGACAGAAAUUACCGCCGGAAGUGAAGGAUUUCUUCGGAACAUCAGCAACGUCGACAGCUAGUACUGGCGGCGGCGGCGGUGGUAAUAAUAAUAAUACGAAUAAUAACAAUAAUAAUGUAGCAUUGCCAAAAGCGAUCAACUCAACUGACACCGCGUGGUGGAACGAUGUUUCCGGUAACAGCGGCAGUCGCCGCCGUGCAGAAAGGCUGAGACACGUGCUGUUAGUGGCGAGUAUAGUGUGUGGGGUAACAGGAGCGGCGUUGCUGGUGGUCUCAGGUUAUGUAUAUUUUGUUAAAUAUAAGAAGAAAAAGUCAACAACGACUGAGAACAGUAGAGCCGUUGUUAUCAGUAAGUAAUUAGUAAAAUUUGAUUUUUUAAUUUUGGUAAAUUUGUUUAGUGGUAAUAAAUCAUUUGAUUGGGCGCUAGCAUUCAUAGAGAGUGCAUGAAUUCUUUGCUUCGCUUUGUUGUUUUGUAUUCUUAAAUUUUAAAAUGUAUAUAUUGAAUUUUCUAA